GGUACAGUGGGUGUCUACAUUGCAAAAUCAUGAAGUGCACAUUAUCUGCUUUUCAACGGCAUAUUGCUUCACGUGCACAGCGGUUAUGUGGCUAAAAAUAAAUGCAGAUAAAGCCAGUGGGUGUAUUUGGGAUUUUAUUUACUCAAGAUACCGAUUAUAAUCUGAACGUGCGUUAAGAGCGAGAACUCCGACGAAUAAACUGCAGGAGACAGUUGGAACAUUUUGGGGAGUUUAAAAUUCCAUCGAUUACCGAAGACACUCGAGUAGUUCCGACUGUUAUGGCGGCGGGCAAUGGUGACGUAUCCAGAGCAUUUGAGCGGGUGAGCUUAGAUCCCAAACAUAUUGGCGCCAACUUCAACGAAUGGGUUAAGCCAGUAGCCAACUUCGACGGAUGCGAUCAAGCUUGGAUUAAGAGUUUAAAGGAAUCCGAGUUGAUAGGUGACAUAGAUUUCGGGUCAAAGCCGUGGGCACGCUCUCGAGAGGCCGUUGAUUACGUCAUGAAAGAGCUCCAGAACGCGAUGCGCGCGGAGGCCGCCAAGUAUGAGCGUCUUAGGAUCGAGUCUUACAUCCGGCAAGGAAGCUCUCGGGACGCACUCAAGGUCAUUUGGCCGAACGAGUACGAUUCCGUCAUUCAGUUUCAAAUAGAAGGCUUGAAGCUAGUGUCCAAGCCGGUGACGAAAUCCUCUGUUGUAAUCCCCGGGUUUUGUUUCUUCGAGAUCGACGACAAAUGGGAAAACUUGGAGAAAACCUUUCCGAAGCUUUGCCAAAAAAGCGUGUUCGUAAAGUCGAAUGGGAAGUUGUUCCUUAGCUCGAAGAACCUUCACGAGAAGAUACUGACUUCAAUCGUGGAUGCGGCGAGCCUAAAUGUUGAAAAGAAGAUACGAGACAACAAAGAGGUUGAGUUUAGCAUCACCAGAAAAAAGAAUCCGCCGGCUAUAAACAUCACUAUUCAUCUCAAUGAAGAGGCUCAUAACCAACUUAUGGUGGCAGGUAAGCUUAGAAAAGCGGAAGACGGAACAGGCGAGAUUGACCUGGAUAUAGUUCCUGCUAUGAAAUUGCGGGAGGACACAACAACGACGUACCAAGGUACCCGCCUCGGUUGCCCCAUCCACGCGGUCUGCAAAUGGGUGGAGGGAGACAUGAACCAAAUGCUAGAAUUCGUCUCUGAGACAGAGAAAACCCUGGUGUGGCAUAUCAACUCCUCGGGCUACGAGAAACACACGCUGGAUGUUAUCAGGACCACUGCAAGAGGGCAGUACAUUCUGACAGCUUUGCGCAUUAUGAAGACGUACUUCGUAAGAGCUAAGACGCUAGCCAAGGAUAAAAAACAGUCGCCACCCCAACUUGUAACCGUGCUGAAAUCGUACCACUUGAAACAGAUCGCGCUGUACGAAGUCAUGUUCACAUGUCACUUGCGCCCGACCGUUGCCCUUAACAACACAUACGACGCUCUGCUGUACUUCAUAAGUCUGCUGGAAGCGGCCCUGGACGCUAAGCACUUGCCCCAUUUCUAUUACUCCAACCCGCUGGUUACCCAGAUGUACCCCGGCUACGAGCCGCCUGUUGGCCCAAAGUAUGACCUGUUCCGGAAGUGCCCGGCUGACGCUCUGCUUCAGGCAAAGAAAGUCCUUCAGAAUCAGCUGAUCACCGCCUUACGCCUCGUUCGCACGGAAAACAAAGACAUGACCAAGUUGGUCAACGAGUUUAAAGAUAAAAUCUUGUCCGGGAAAUACUUCUGAACUUUGGAGCACGUUUUCAGUGCAAAUGAUGAUUAAUUGAAACGUGUCGACUGUUCUCAUUUUAAAUAUUAGCGGAUUUAAUUGCAUGCAUUGUUAUAAUAAAUUCAUUACAAGGUUGCCUAAAUAAAUAAGUGUUCAGUAAAAAUGUACGUGUUCAUUAAAAAAAAAUAGGCGCAUGCAUGUAAUAAACUAAAAGGUGUA